CCGAAAUGAGCCGGCAUUUUCCCGUGACCGCCGAAGCCCCAAUCGGACCGCUUUUUGCGUCCCCCGCCGUUGAUGCUUCACUUGCCUAGUUUCACCUAUCUUCUCCCCUCGCGGUUCCUACCAACCCUCCAUAUUCUCCCUCAAUUACCUCCUGCUCCAGACGUCAAGAUGAGCUCCAUCCGUCGCAUGUCCCCGACGGACCUAUUGUCCAUGAACCUGACCAACCUCGACCCUCUGACCGAAAACUAUGACCUCGGCUUCUACCUCAAUUACCUCAUGCGAUGGCCGUCGCUCUUCAGCAGCGUUCAGGAUCGUCGCGACGGCAUCGUUGGCUACAUCAUGGGAAAGCUAGAGGAGCAGCACCCCUCCAUGCGCCACUCGGAACACUACACCCCUUGGCACGGCCAUAUCACCGUUCUGACCGUUGCACCUGCAGCGCGGCGUCUCGGCCACGCGCGCCGUCUGACGGAGCGAUUGGAGCGCGGCUCCGAUAUCAACGAUGCCUGGUUCGUUGAUCUGUACGUGCGUUCGGGCAAUAAGGUUGCGGUGGAUAUGUAUAAGGGCAUGGGGUACUCCGUCUUCCGUCGCGUGGUCAAUUACUACAGCGACGAUCCAACAGGCAUGUCAGAGUCAGGCGAGGACGCCUUCGACAUGCGAAAACCCUGUAGUCGAGACAAGAAGCUACAACAUGUGCGCGAGAACGGCGAAAAUUUCCCAGUCGGGCCUGAAGAUGUGCUAUGAUCAUGGCAGGAAAAAUGGGGUUAUGUGACGUAGCGUCGGAAAACCAAAAAGAUGAGUUGUAAAGUGGUUGUCAUUGUUUGGGUUAGCAUUUUGGUGUUGGGGGAGUUUGUGUGCCGCUUCUCUUCAAAUUCGAGUUUUAAUGUCAUUUGGAGGAUUCAUAUUUAUAUGGUGUCUAAUGAACAUGAUACUAGGUCCAGUCGGAAUCCGCUGUUCUUGUCUAGAUUUGGG